AUGAUCGCCAGCAGCGUGAUUGUUCUCGGCCUCGUGCGCACGCCUCUCCAGAGCUUCCUGCCGGUGCUCGAGGCGCCUCCUGCCCGCCAGCCUCGCGUCCUCCUUCCUCACCGCAUGAGCCUCGCGUUGCCGUCUUGCGCGGCUUCUGGCUUCUGGACGACGGCGGCGGCUGGCGGCUGCACCGGGCUUCUCGGCCAGCUCGGCUUUCAAGCACUCUUCGAGCGCUCAUCGGACCCGGUGCUGAAUCGGGCGGCUGGCAACACGGCGCACUCGCUUGUCGCUGCAGCGUACUGCCUCUUUGCGACCGUGUUUGGCGUCGCCGGCUGGUGCUUCAGCACCUUUGGCUGCACUUCGACCGCGGCGGGGCGAGUCUUGGCUCCGCUUGGCUGCGUGCGCUGGCUCGGCGCCUUCGCCUUCGGGAUCAUCGCUCUCUGGGACAUACCAACGUGCUUUGCCGUGAAGGAGCUGAGAAAGCCGUCCUUCCUGCUGCACCAUUUUGCGAUGGCGGCCGUUGGCGGCCUGGGCGCCUACUACUGCCCGACCUACUAUGGCCUCUUCUUCCUUGGAGUCGUCGAGGCCUCCUCGGUCCCGCUCUCCGUCUACGAGGGCCUUGAGCGUGCGAGCGAGAUCGCCGGAGAGGGCACCUCAGCGGCGGAAGAGGAGCGGUGCGCUCGCCUGAAGCGGUGGCGCGACGCGGCGCAGGCAGUCGCCACGGCCGCCUUCCUCUUCACUCGGCUGUACCUCUUCACGCGUGUCACCUUUUUUGAGUUUUGGCCUGACGCGCUGGCCGUCCGCUUCUUGCUGGGAGCCUCCGCCGCCUUUGUGGCGCUUCAGUUCUUCUGGUUCGGCCAGAUCGUGCAGCAGGUGUUUGUCGACAAGUGGCUGGCUCGGAAAGAGGCGGCGUGA